AAAAAAAAAAAAAAAAACCCUAAUCCCAACUCUUCUCUCUCUCUCUCUCUCUCCCCCCGAGAACCUGAUUUUUCUGCUCUACAAGGCUCACUCUCAAUCUCACAGACGCUAAAAUCCUGUCAGAGUUUUUCUCUUUUGUUGCAGAUAUAUAAAGCAGCAUAAACUCAAACACAAACGGAGAUAUACGUUCCCGGCGAAGGAAGAUAGGUAUCGAAUCGAUUGGGUGUGAAUGGUGGCCGUGGAAGUUGAAGGGAUGCAGCAGAGAGAGCAGCGAAUCAGGAAAAGGCCUCGGCCCACGUGGGACGUGGCGCCAUCUGAACCUCAGGGGAAACGAGCAGAGGCGGUGAGUAAUGAAGGGGUGGAUAGAAGAAGGCAUGGGUCUCCGCCGAGAAGGGACGACGAUCGCGAAGGGCAUUACGUCUUCAAUCUCGGCGAGAAUCUCAGUCCUAGAUAUAAGAUACUCAGCAAGAUUGGUGAAGGCACAUUUGGUCGAGUUUUGGAAUGUUGGGACCGACAAACACGAGAGUAUGUGGCAAUCAAGGUUGUUCGGAGCAUACGUAAAUACCGUGAUGCAGCAAUGAUUGAGGUUGAUGUACUUCAACAUCUUGCCAAGAAUGAUCAAGGAAACUCACACUGCGUUCAGAUACGGAACUGGUUUGACUACCGCAAUCACAUAUGCAUUGUGUUUGAGAGGCUUGGACCAAGUUUAUUUGAUUUUCUAAAGAGAAAUAAAUACUGCCCAUUACCUGUGGAUCUUGUUCGGGAAUUUGGACGACAGCUUUUGGAAUCUGUUGCAUAUAUGCAUGACUUAUGUUUAAUUCACACUGACCUGAAGCCAGAAAAUAUACUACUUGUGUCUUCUGAAUUUGUAAAGCUUCCUGGUUGUAAGAGGUUUUCUUCGGAUGAAACGCAAUUCAGGUGCUUGCCCAAGUCUAGUGCCAUUAAGCUGAUUGAUUUUGGUAGUACUGCCUUUGAUAAUCAGAAUCAUAGCUCCGUUGUUUCAACGAGGCAUUACAGAGCACCUGAGGUUAUUUUAGGUUUAGGAUGGACUUAUCCAUGUGAUUUAUGGAGUGUUGGUUGCAUACUUGUUGAACUUUGCUCGGGUGAAGCAUUAUUUCAGACCCAUGAGAACCUAGAGCAUUUGGCAAUGAUGGAGAGGGUGUUGGGACCUCUGCCAGAGCACAUGAUUCGAAGGGCUGACCGAGGUGCUGAAAAAUAUUUCAGGCGAGGUUCCCGACUAAUUUGGCCAGAAGGAGCAGUUUCAAGGGAGAGUAUAAGAGCUGUAAAUAAGCUUCACCGUCUGAAGGAUCUGGUAUCUCAACAUGUAGAGUCCUCAAGAUGCCCUCUCACUGAUUUGUUGGUUAAUUUGAUGAAAUAUGAUCCCUCUGAACGUCUAACGGCUAGAGAAGCUCUGAAUCAUCCCUUCUUUAAGAGUCUAACUUGAGAAAGCUGCAUCAUGGAAGCUAAUUUAUGGUUUACAAAGGCUAGUCUCGUGGACCUGGUAGAUACAAGGCCUGGUUUUUCCCGAGAGAGAAGAAAAAAGAGAGAAGAGCUUAGGGACGAUAUACUGCUGGCUCAAGGAGUCUUCGCAUGUAUUUGUACAAAUAGUGUUGUGUUUAAUGGAUGUUGAUUUUGCUUUGUAAAUGAUUUUUCCGUGGUUAGAAUCAUCAAAGUUGGAAAUAUGCAAGGCGCACAAGUCACAGAGCAUUGGCAAACCCCA